AUGGAACCAACAAUCCCUUCUGGUCUACCAGCUAGAGAUGCUAUUGAGAUUCCGAUCAUUGACGAUAGCGAAUCUCUUGCUGAAGUGAUUCGAAAAUUAGAAAAUUAUCUCGAUCAGGCUGUCCCAGAUGUCCUGUGCAAUUUUGAGCAGCUGAGGUCUUCCCCCUAUGGCCAUACAUUGAGGUUGCUCGUAAGCUCUUUGGCCGAGAACUCACACAACCGCUGGAUCAUCUCUGCUUUAAUGAUCUUGAGAUGGCGAUUCAAUAGUGAAGACAAUGAUUCCGAUUGGGGUAUGAAUGAGGGCCGCGGCUAUGCAUGUGAAUAUGUUGCCUGGCAGUUUCUCUGUCACCUCACCCAGCGAGAGAUGAUAUAUUUUCUGCUCGAGGAGCUUCCAUCACCCAAAAGAGAUUUUGCGACGCUUUCUGAGGCCGAAAGAGGUGCGUCUGGACUUGGAUCAGCUUCCCGCAAAGAUCAAAACAAUGAAACAGAAGGUGAACGAACUCCCUUAUUGUUGAGUUCCUCGUCCUCACUGUAUCGAUUUUUCGGCGGUAAGACUCGCCGCAGCGGUUCUUAUGUAGGAGAUCAGGGGUCUCAAGGAUCGCAAGGAUCGCAAGGGUUUGACUAUGACGUAUAUGAACUCGAGUCAUUUUCCCUCUUCUUCGGCCUCAAUGCUCUGGAGAUCGCGACUAUUGCUCAAGCUAAGAAGUUUCUGAGCCAAAAGGCAGUUCAAAGAGUGAUAGACAAUAUCUGGAAGGGCGAGAUUGUUUUCUGGGAUACGCUAAGUGUACACUCGAAGAAGAAACCACAAUUCUUUAACAAAAGAACCGCAGAUCCAUACUCACGAUUGCGAGUUCCGAUCUAUCGAAAAGCAUUUGAAGCGGCCUUCUUUGUCUCGUUCUUGUUCCUAUACUAUGCGGUACUUGUCGAGAGAAAGCCUACUGGUAUAGGCAUCUUCGAGGCUCUGAUGUACGUCUGGAUAGUUGCCUUUGCCUACGAUGAAAUAAGCGGCAUGGUCGAUGCGGGGAUGCUCUUCUAUCAGAUGGACUUCUGGAGUCUCUGGGACAUAGCCAUCAUUGCCUUUGGACUUGCCUUUCUUGUUGCCCGGAUUAUCGGCUUGGUCGAGGAAAGCGAUUAUAUCACAGACCUCUCAUUUGAUAUACUGUCCUUGGAGGCUUUGUUCCUGGUUCCAAGGCAAGUUCAGCUCUUGGCUGUCAAGAUGUUCGUGACACACAACGUUCGGCUGACACACAUUGUUGACAGAAUUUGCUCGCUUGUGAGCUUGAAUUCAUACUUUGGAAGUCUAGUAUGUCAAACCACCCCUUUCCAUGCUUGGCAGUAA